UGGGGGCGGCGAGGAGCCAAUGGGAGUCGGCGACGGAGGAAGGCGGCAGGAAGGCAGGUCUCCCUCAGCCUCCCUCCGCUAAGAUGGCGGCGGAGCUUGCGAUGGUGGCAAUAGCGGCUUUGUCUCCUUUCAGCGCCUGAGCCCGGUUCCGGCCCGGCCGGCCGCACCGAGCAGCGGCAGCGGAGACAUGACCGCAGAGCCCGUGAGUGAAAGCAAGUUGAAUACAUUGGUGCAGAAGCUUCAUGACUUCUUGGCUCACUCAUCAGAAGAAUCUGAGGACGCAAACUCUCCUCCAGCAUUAUCUAAAAACAAAACCAUAGGUAAAAGUAGAGAACCUAGAAGUAGUCCAGCUUCAAUGGAGAACAACAGAGAAGAGGGCAGUAGUUCUUCAGAAAGAACCAAAUCCUUAGGAUCAUCACGUUCAAAAAGGAAACCUACAGUUGUAACAAAAUAUGUCGGAUCAGAUGAUGAACAAAUCUUAGAUGAAACUGUGAAUGAAGAUAUUUCAAAUGAAAACUCGGAAAAUGAUGUUGAUAUGCAAAGCUUGCCUAAAGGUACAGUGGUUGUACAGCCUGAGCCAGUGCUGAAUGAAGACAAAGAUGAUUUUAAAGGGCCUGAAUUUAGAAGCAGAAAUACCGUUAAAAUGAAACCUGAAGCUCCCAAAAAGCGUGGAGAAGAAGGACUACAUGGAAUUGUAAGCUGUACAGCUUGUGGGCAACAGGUGAACCAUUUUCAAAAGGAUUCAAUCUAUAGACAUCCUACACUGAAAGUUCUUAUUUGUAAGACUUGCUACAAGUAUUACAUGAGCGAUGACAUUAGCCGUGAUUCAGAUGGAAUGGAUGAACAGUGUAGGUGGUGUGCUGAAGGUGGAAAUUUGAUUUGCUGUGACUUCUGCCAUAAUGCCUUCUGUAAAAAGUGCAUUUUGCGCAACCUGGGUCGAAAGGAGCUAUCGACUAUACUGGAUGAAAAUAACCAGUGGCACUGCUAUAUUUGCCAUCCAGAGCCUUUGUUGGACUUGGUCACUGCAUGUGACAGUGUCUUUGAAAAUUUAGAACAAUUACUGCAACAAAACAAAAAAAAGAUCAGAGUUGAAAGUGAAAAAAGUAAAAUAUAUGACCAUACAGUCAAGUUUUCUCCAAAGAGAAAUAAUUCAAGUUGUAACGGUGAAGAAAAAAAACUAGAUGAUUCAUAUUCAGGUUCACUAACAUAUUCUUAUAAAGCACUAAUGGUGCCAAAAGACUUGCUUAAGAAAACAAAAAAGCUCGUUGAAACUACAGCAAAUCUGAAUUCUAGCUUUGUAAGCUUUUUGAAAAAUGCUGCAGAAAAUGUAGAAAUAAGCCCAACUGUGCAACUUUGUCAGCUAAAAGCUUUUAAAUCGGUGUUGAGUGACAUGAAAAAAGCUCAUCUGGCACUAGAAGAAGGUCUGAACCUGGAGAUUCAAGCUUUGAAUGUUAAAAUCAAAGAUAAAAAUACCAAAGAGAAAAAAACUGAUGUUAGAUCAGAAAAAAAUGAGGUGAAAAAAGAUGAAGGAAAGGAACAUGUGGCAUUAAAAGAGGAUGGCACUGUAAAGACACAGAAAAAAGUUGUGUCAGAACAGCCCGACAGUGAGCCCAUGGAUCAAAGUGUUCCAACAAUGGAACAAACAGAUAACAAGCGUACUUCUGGUGAAGAUAAAAGGUCUGGCAGCAAUGAAGAACCUCAGUAUGAACCUAAUAGUACAGAGGCUUUAGACAUGGAUAUAGUGUCCAUUCCCUCAUCUGUUCCUGAAGAUAUUUUUGAGACUCUAGAAUCUGCUAUGGAGAUUCAGAUUACAUCAGAUGAGCAAGACAAUGGAAAUACAGGAACAGAUCAUGAGACUCUAAAUUCAAAUACAAAAUUGAACACUCCUAUGAAAGAUACCAAAGGUGGUACUAAGUUAAAAUCAUCGGCUAAAGGAACAAAAGAAUUGAUUGUAAAAUUGACUCCUGUUUCCCUUUCAGAGUCUACAGUUAAAGCUGAAGAUCAAGACAGCAAUCUAGAAAAGGGAAGUAAGGAUGUUGAUGUAAUGCCUAGAGCAGAAAACUGUGAUUCUGUAAAACAAAAUCAUAAUGCUGGCAGUGAACCUUCCACAGAGAACGAAACUGUCUCACUUGUAGAGGAAUCUGAUCUCAGGAGAUCACCGCGUGUGAAGACCACACCUCUGAGGCGCCAAACAGACAUCAGUCCUUUAACAUCAAAUUCAGAAGAAGAUAGCAAUGACACAUGUAAUGAAAAAAGUAAGAGAAAAUCAUCAAAACAACCAAGGAGGAAAAAGGAUAAAAGAAAUUCUUCUGACAGUACAGUUGAUGGUCCUAGCCCUAAUAAACUUUCUAAAUCAAAAAAGCCAUAUGUAUUAGAUCAUAGCUCAGAUUCUGAUGAGAUGCCAGCUGUUCUUAAAGAAGUAGCUAUGAUGAGUCACAGUUCUUCAGAUAUUGAUAGCAAUAGCGAAGCACCAACAAAUGAUCAGAAGACUUUAAAUUUUCUAAAGGAUCAAUCAGUAAAGGAUGAAAAUGGAAAACGAAAAAGAAAAAGUUCCACAUCUGGUUCAGAUUUAGAUGCUAAAAGAGGCAAAUCAGCUAAAAAUUCUGCUGCUGCUAAAAAGAAACGACAAAACUAUUCAGAUUCUUCAAACUAUGAUUCUGAGUUAGAAAAAGAAAUAAAAAUUUUGAGUAAAAUUGAGUCUGCAAAAAAAGCCAAGAAAAAAUACUCACAAAAAGAAGAUAGUUAUGAUUCCUCUGAAGAAGAGCAGAGGAAAAAAGUAAGUAGUAAGAGAAAGGUAAAUUUGGAGAAACAGAGAGAGAAAUCUUCUGAAGAUGAUGAUGCUGAAAAGUCUUCCCCAGAGAAGGAGGUUAAUCAUUCUUCUGAAGAUAAAAAAAUCACUAAGGGGUCAGCUGCUAAGGAAAGGAUAAACAGAGACUUAAAAGAAAAAAGUGCAAAGGGAAAGCACGAUGAGUCUUCUGAUGUUGAGAAGUCUUUACUGGAGAAAGAGGAGAGCUGUCGUAAAGGUGUAAAGCUAAGUGAAGUUAAGAGCAAGGAUUUGAAAAAGAAAAAGGCGCAGGAAGAUUCUUCUUCAGAGAGUACUGAGAAAUCUGCAAAGAAAGAGCAUAAUUUUGAUUCUUCAAAAGACAGAUUCAAGAAUAAAAAAGGACCAGAAAGCAAAGUGAAGAAAACUGAAAAACUGAAAAAGAAAAGUUACAAGAAAGAGCAAGAUGAUUCCUCUUCUGAUGUUGAAAAGCCAUCUCCAGGGAAAGGAAGUUGCAAUUCUUCUGAAAAUGACAAAACUAAAAAUGAACCAGUGUUUAAGGAAAAGAAAAGGAGGAAUUUGAGAGAGAGAGUACCUAAAAGAGUACGGAUUGAUUUAUCCUCUGAUGCUGAGAAGUCUCCCCUAAAAGAGGAGAGUUCUUCGGAAGAUGCUGUGCGGCGUAAAAAACAAACUGAAACUAAAGAAAAGAAAAAAAUAAGUCACAAAAAGAAAAUUUCCAAGAAAGAACAGAAUGACUCAUUGUCCUCUUCUGAUGAGGAAUCUUAUGAAGAAAGUAAGAAAAAGAUUAAAAGAGGGUCAAUGAAAGAAAGUAAAAAGAGUAACUUAAAAAAGAAAGUGUCAAAAAAGAAGGUGGUUGUCACUUCAUCUUCCUCAUCUGAUAAGGAGGAAAAUGAUGAACAGAAUUCAACAGGUGAUGGAAGCAGCGAUGAGCAGAAAAUUAUGCCAGUCACUGAGAACUUAAUGCUGUCUGCUGGUACAGGAUUUUGUCAGUCCUCAGGAGAUGAGGGAGAGACUAAAUCAAGGGCUGUUCCAAUGGAGGAGGAGGAAGAUGAUGAUGAUGACGAUCCUGAGAAUAGAAUUGCCAAGAAAAUGCUUUUAGAAGAAAUCAAAGCCAAUCUUUCCUCUGAUGAGGAUGCAUCUUCAGAUGAUGAAUCGGAUGAAGGAAAAAAGAAAACUGGAAAGCAAAAUGAAAACACAGGAGAUGAUGAAGAAAAUGAUAAGGAGGAUAAUUCUGAAUCGGAUUCAGAAGAAGAAGAAGAAUCAAAGAAGCCUAGAUACAGACACAGACUGCUGAGGCACAAGCUGACAGUGAGUGACGGAGAAUCUGGUGAAGAAAAAAAGGUGAAACCAAAAGACAAAAAAGAAGGGAAGCGCAGAAAUAGAAGGAAAGUCAGCAGCGAUGAUUCAAAUGACUCCGAGUUUCAUGAAUCUGCAGUUAGUGAAGAAGUCAGUGAAUCUGAAGAUGACCAACGACCAAGAACAAGAUCUGCCAAGAAAGCUGAGGCAGAAGAAAACCAGCGGAGUUACAAACAGAAAAAGAAACGAAGGCGAAUAAAGGUUCAAGAGGAUUCUUCAAGUGAAAACAACAAUAAGAGUAAUUCUGAGGAUGAGGACAAUGACGAUUCAAAAUCUCCUGGAAAAGGCAGGAAGAAAAUAAGGAAAAUUAUUAAAGAUGAUAAGCUUAGAACGGAAACACAAAAUGCGCUUAAAGAAGAAGAAGAAAGAAGAAAACGUAUAGCAGAAAGGGAACGGGAGAGAGAGAAAUUGAGAGAGGUGAUAGAGAUAGAAGAUGCUUCACCUCUGAAAUGUCCCAUUACAACUAAGCUGGUUUUAGAUGAAGAUGAAGAAACCAAAGAACCAUUAGUUCAGGUUCACAGGAAUAUAGUUACCAGACUGAAACCACACCAAGUAGAUGGUGUUCAGUUCAUGUGGGAUUGCUGUUGUGAAUCUGUAAAAAAAACAAAGACGUCUCCUGGUUCUGGAUGCAUUCUUGCUCACUGUAUGGGUCUGGGGAAAACGUUACAGGUAGUAAGUUUUCUUCACACAGUCUUGCUGUGUGACAAGCUGGAUUUUCGGACAGCUCUGGUAGUGUGUCCACUGAACACUGCCUUGAACUGGCUGAAUGAGUUUGAAAAAUGGCAAGAAGGUUUAGAAGAUGACGAGAAACUAGAGGUCUGUGAACUAGCAACUGUGAAACGUCCUCAAGAGAGAAGCUAUAUGCUCCAGCGUUGGCAAGAUGAAGGAGGUGUGAUGAUAAUAGGCUAUGAGAUGUAUCGUAAUCUUGCACAAGGCAGGAAUGUGAAGAGUAGAAAACUUAAAGAAAUAUUUAAUAAAGCUUUAGUUGAUCCAGGCCCCGACUUUGUGGUUUGCGAUGAAGGGCACAUACUAAAAAACGAAGCAUCUGCUGUUUCUAAGGCAAUGAAUUCUAUUCGGUCUAGAAGAAGAAUAAUUCUCACAGGAACACCACUGCAAAAUAAUCUUAUAGAAUAUCACUGCAUGGUUAACUUUAUUAAGGAGAAUUUGCUCGGCUCAAUUAAGGAAUUCCGAAAUCGAUUUAUAAAUCCAAUUCAGAAUGGUCAGUGUGCAGACUCUACUCUGGUAGACGUCAGAGUAAUGAAGAAGCGUGCACAUAUUCUCUAUGAGAUGUUAGCUGGAUGUGUUCAGAGGAAAGAUUACACAGCAUUAACAAAGUUCCUCCCACCAAAAUACGAGUAUGUUCUAGAAGUUCGAAUGACACCUAUUCAGUGCAAACUCUACCAAUACUACUUGGAUCAUUUGACAGGUGUAGGUAGUGGCAAUGAAGGUGGAAGAGGCAAAGCUGGAGCUAAACUAUUCCAGGAUUUCCAGAUGUUGAGCAGAAUCUGGACUCACCCUUGGUGUUUGCAGCUGGACUAUAUUAGCAAAGAAAAUAAGGGCUAUUUUGAUGAAGACAGUCUGGAUGAGUUCAUAGCUUCAGAUUCCGAUGAAACUUCAAUGAGCUUAAGUUCUGAUGAUUAUGCAAAGAAAAAAAAAUCCAAGGGGAAAAAAGUGAAGAAAGAGUGUAGCUCAAGUGGAAGUGGCAGUGAUAAUGAUGUUGAAGUCAUUAAAGUCUGGAAUUCAAGAUCUCGUGGAGGUGGAGAAGGAAAUGCAGAAGAGCUUGUAAACAACCCUCCAUCUGUUACAAAAUCAGACGAAGGCAAAGCUACAUCCUCUUCCAAUCCUGGUAGCCCAGCGCCAGAUUGGUACAAAGAUUUUGUCACUGAUGCAGAUGCUGAAGUGUUGGAACAUUCUGGGAAAAUGGUGCUUCUCUUUGAAAUUCUUCGAAUGGCAGAGGAGCUUGGAGACAAAGUCCUCGUGUUUAGCCAGUCCCUAAUAUCUCUGGAUUUGAUAGAAGAUUUUCUGGAGCUGGCCAACAGGGAGAAAACUGACAAAGAGAAGCCUCCUAUUUAUAAAGGUGAAGGAAAAUGGUUCAGAAACAUUGAUUACUAUCGCUUAGAUGGUUCAACUACAGCUCAGUCAAGAAAGAAAUGGGCUGAAGAAUUUAAUGAUGAAACUAAUGUGAGAGGCCGCUUGUUUAUUAUAUCCACUAAAGCAGGUUCCCUCGGAAUUAACCUCGUGGCUGCUAAUAGAGUAAUCAUCUUUGAUGCUUCUUGGAACCCAUCGUAUGACAUCCAGAGUAUUUUCAGGGUUUACCGCUUUGGGCAGAACAAACCUGUGUUUGUGUACAGGUUCUUGGCUCAGGGAACAAUGGAAGAUAAGAUCUAUGAUCGUCAGGUAACAAAACAGUCAUUGUCUUUCCGGGUUGUCGACCAACAGCAAGUUGAACGGCAUUUUACUAUGAAUGAACUUACAGAGCUGUACACAUUUGAGCCAGAUUUGCUGGAUGAUCCUAAUUCAGAAAAGAAAAAGAAGAGAGAUACACCAAUGUUGCCAAAAGAUACAAUUCUGGCAGAAUUGCUUCAAAUCAAUAAAGAAUAUAUAGUUGGAUAUCACGAACAUGAUUCACUCCUGGACCAUAAGGAGGAAGAGGAACUCACUGAAGAAGAAAGGAAGGCAGCAUGGGCAGAAUAUGAAGCAGAAAAGAAGGGCUUGACUAUGCGUUUCAACAUGCCAACUGGGACCAAUAUGCUUCCCACAAAUUUCAACUCUCAAACACCAUAUAUUCCUUUCAAUUUGGGUGCUCUAUCAGCAAUGAGUAAUCAACAGCUGGAGGACCUUAUUAAUCAAGGAAGAGAGAAAGUUGUGGAAGCAACCAACAGUGUAACUGCAGCAAGAAUUCAGCCCCUUGAAGACAUCAUUUCAACCAUAUGGAAAGAAAAUGUAACACUCACAGAGAGCCAAGUACAGGCCCUGGCACUAAGCAGACAGGCAAGCCAGGAGCUUGAUGUCAAGCGCCGAGAAGCCAUCUAUAAUGAUGUCCUGACUAAACAACAAAUGUUAAUCAGUUGCGUUCAGAGGAUACUUAUGAACAGAAGACUACAGCAGCAGUACAAUCAGCAGCAACAGCAGCAGAUGUCUUACCAGCAAGCAGCAAUGAGUCAUCUCAUGAUGCCAAAGCCUCCAAAUUUAAUCAUGAAUCCUUCCAACUACCAACAGAUAGAUAUGAGAGGAAUGUAUCAGUCAGUGUCUGGUGGUAUGCAGCCACCACCAUUACAACGAGCACCACCCCCAAUGAGAGGCAAAAAUCCAGGGCCUUCCCAAGGGAAAUCAAUGUGAUUUUGCACUAAAAGCCUAAAGGAUUGUUAAAAUCAGAGAAAGAACUUUUAUUUUUUUAGGAAUCAAUGGCUUAACAGAACUCAACUGUAAAAAAAAAAUAAAAAAAAAUAAAUAAAUAGUUCGGUUGGUCCCCUUAAAUGCCAUGUUCCAUAUUAGUGUUUCAGCUUUGUUUAAAUAGGACAUAAUGUUCUCCCUGUUGUCAGUGAUGUUGCCUAGAAUCUUCUUACAUAUGUUGAGUACAGGAGAUAACAAGUUGUUUUCAGUGAAAACAAGUCCUCCCAUAACAGUAGCAUCUCCGCAGGUUUCCUGUCUAAACUCCUAUGCUUGCUUUUAGUAGCUGCGAAGCUGUCAUCAAAUUUGAGAAGCUUAGGAAGGACUGCAGGUCUGUAUGUUUCAGUGUACCAUAUGUGAAUUGUAAACAGCUGAGUUCUUGAUUAGAGUUGAUUCCUCAAAUUAUGGAAUACUUUUCUGCUUACCCAUUUCUUUAUAUUAGUGGGAAUAUUAUAACAGAAAUAGUCUAGUUUCCUUUUGACUGAGGUCUGGACUCACACUAUAUCAUCUAUGCUGAAUGAAACAGGAACUGAAAAUACUCUUUGAAACAGAAUUGAGUGCAAUAUUCUUAAAUACUACUGCUCUGAAACUUUUGAGUCAUGCAGUUAUAUAGAAACUGUGUAUACAGCCUUAAAUAGUGACUUGGGGAAGGUGAUUGUUCUUCCCUAGUCUUCUGCCAUUUUUUAUUUUCAGUUUUAUGUGAUGGAGUAACAAGUGGUGAUCUUAGAGGUGGAGAUGUUUUUCCUUCACAGGCUAAUUUACUCUAUGCGGAGUCCAAUACAAAGUACAUUUCUGUUAACUCCUUAAUGCUGGUGCUACUGUCUUUUCCCAUUGCCGGCAAUGGGAGACGGGCCAAGAAAAUUGAAUUCCUGGUAUUUGGGGGGUUAAAGUAGUGAUGGUGGCCAGGGUCAAACCCUGUUACAUAAACAACUUCAAAAUGGCAGAACCAUUGCUGAUUUAAAAUCGAUAACAAAGAAAGUGCUGUAGCAACUUCCAGAGCUGCCAGAACAGUGAAAUAACUUUUCCUCUAUUAGGUAAGAGUUUUCGUUAUGCACUCCUCCCUGUUCCCUUUCAUUUGUGUGAAAACAUGAUUUAGUACACAAAGAGCUUGAUUUUUUUUUUUCGUUUUGGUUUGUUGGUUUUUUUGUUUUGUUUUGUUUUAACGUAGACCAGAGACAAAUUUCUGGUUUAUUAUAUAUCAUUAGCACUCUCUUUACCCACACUUUUUGUGCUUGUGAAGAUCUAAUUAAAUACAAAUAGGGCUUUUCUUUGACUAUAGUUUGCUUGAUUCUUUCCCCCACCAAAAAAAGUUCAUAAUCUGGGGGUAAAAGUAAGUGACGGGAACAUUUGAGGCAAUGGUGUAUCGACUACAGAGAACUCUGGAGAACUGAGCGGAUGGAGGCAUUUGCUCCAGAUAUUGCUGGACUCUUCUGACUUGCUGACAUGAACUAAAAUUAUUUUGGUUUCUGGAAAGUUUCUUGCAGGAGUUUGAGUUCUUGCCCUGAAUGGACAAGUGGGUUUUGCAUCUAAAUAUGCAAAUCUUACGCGAUACUUCAUUUUGUGAUUGAAACUUGGUUUGUGAUCUGAACAGAGCUUGUGAUCUGUUGCAAAACCAGCUAACAAGUUGCUGUCUUGGACUCUUUUAUUACAAGAUACCACAAAAGAACCUCAGUAUGUUCUAGUGCUUUGCCAGCUCUACAAUUAAAUUUAAUUUGGGGGGAGGGGAGCAAAAAGAGACAUACUCAGAAUAGAAGAAACAAAACGUGAGACUUUGAGACAAACAUUUGAAGGCAAAUGUACUCUCGGCAACUCUCACCGAUACUCCUACGUGUCGUGAAUAAGAGAAAUACUUUCUACCAAACCUGGGAAUGUUCAAUGGAGUUUUACAGUAACUCAAAGACUUAAAUGUGGAAGUUUUAGGCAACAUUUAAAGGCACAUUUUUUUUCAUUCUGGACAAAAGUAUGGAUAACAGAAGACUAAUGCAUAAGAAGAAAUCAGAGAUAAGCAUUGAAAUAAAACUUGGACCACUUUGCAUACAUGUUUCUCACUUGACAUUUUAGCUGCAUAACAAUGUGCUUUGAGUAUAACAUCAAGCUUUAACAAAUAUUUAAAGACAGAACAUACAUCAAUAAGAUAAUAAAAAGCUCAUUUUUAUAUUUGUUUUAGAUGUUUUAACUAGAUGAAAUGGCUUAAGAUGACGAAUAAAAAUGUUGCUUGUAAUACAGUUUUGCCUGCUAAAUUCUCCACAUUUUGUAACCUGUUUAUUCCUUUGGAUGUAAAGCGUUUUUGCUUAGUAUUGUGAUAUUGUAUAUGUUUUGUCCCAGUUGUAUAGUAAUGUUUCAGUCCAUCAACCAGCUUUGGCUGCUGAAAUCAUACAGCUGUGAAGACUUGCCUUUGUUUCUAUUAGAUGGCUUUUCAGUUCUGUAUUAAAUAAUCUUAAGUACUAUAGAAAAGGUGUCCCCUCUUCCUAUAAGGCUGUUUUGUAAUAUAUAUAAGGACUGGAAAUGUGUUUUUAAAGAGAAGAAGCAUUCAAGUAUGACGAUAUACUAUCUGUGUUUUCACCAUUCAAAGUGCUGUUUAGUAGUUGAAACUUAAACUAUUUAAUAUCUCAUUUAAUAAAGUGACCAAAAUACA